AUGCCCCGCUACAACCGCUACGGAAGAAGCAGAAGCAAGAAGGCGAAAACCAAGCAACUCUACUGGGAUGGAAAACAGCAUUUAGAAACCGAAGAAAUGAUCCGGAAGGAAAAUGAAGAGGAGAUCCAAGAAGUUCAGCAGGAGAUCCAAGAUGUUCAGCAGGAGACCCAAGAUGUUCAGCAGGAGACCCAAGAAGUUCAGCAGGAGAUCCAAGAUGUUCAGCAGGAGACCCAGGAAACUCAAGAGGACAACACCCGACACAUGGAAACCGGCGAAACCAGCGUUGAAAAGACGUUUCAACAAAAAGAACUUCUUCCGACGAAUAUGAACGCGGAAAACGGUUGCAAAUCUACCAAAGAACACGUCUGCUACAAGAAUUGGGACAACUCAGCACCAGCUAUGGAGGCGGAUAUGGUUGUGCAAGGUUUCAACAUUAGCGAAGAAAUGCAUGGUCUUAGAUUUAACCAAGGGAAAAGGUUAAAUCUAAUUCAGAGAGGAUCCUAUCAAAGACGAGUGCAACUAUCAGGUCUCAGAUACAACGGCAAAACGGAGUGGCACACCAGCCCCUACAAGGACGCUACGGGCAGUUCUCCUGGACAACAUUUCAAGACGUUUCUCAAGCGACAAGUAAACAGUGCAGAAAAAAAGUCUUGCCGUAAAAGGUUAUUCGAUGGAAAACCUGACAACGCAACCAAACCUAAGAAAGCGAAGAUGAUGCCCAACCACGAUUACGGACCAAAAGCAGAUCAACUUGAGGAUCCUGAAAUGAUUGUACAACAAGUCGAAGAAAUAAUAAAAGGAUUGCAUGUAACAGAACUUGAUAGGGAUCGUAUACAAAUAAGUUCCAUAGGGCAGUUUGGCAACGAGGUAUACGAAUCCGAAAGAAAACACAGACUGACAGCAUCACUAUUUGGUAGAGUUGUAAAGAGGAAGAAGCACACACCAUGUCACGCACUUGUUAGGUCCAUUUUAAAACAAAGCAACUGUAUGACGGAAGCUAUGGAAUACGGCAUACUGAAAGAGAAGGUGGCUAAAGGGAUUUUCGAAAAAUCACAGAAUCUGCAAGUUUCGGAGUCCGGAUUGUGGAUCGACACACAAAAUCCGUAUCUUGCAGCUUCGCCUGAUGGUUUGAUAGGAAACGAUGCUAUUAUUGAGGUCAAAUGCCUGCACUCGGCUUCAAAACUCCCUGCAACGACUUCGACGCUUGAUGAAGUCAUUGACUUACUGGGGAAUAAAAUUUGCUUGGAGAAACGGGACAACAAAAUUCAACUGAAGAGAAAUCACAAUUAUUACUACCAGGUAUAUACAGGGCCAGUUGAACAUCACAAACAGAAACAAAUGCUACCUAGUUGUGUACGUUGGUGA